UCAAUAACUUAUACAAAACCUUAAUACACACUUAUUUCAUAUAGUACUUUGAAAGAAAUGGAUAACAAAAGCUUAAUGUUUUCUUCCUUCUUCAUUGCUCUACUUUUCAUGAUCUUUUGUGUACCUUGCGCAAUAUCUCAAGAAGUCGAUGAUGAGCGGGAGUUCUCGUAUGACAUACGAAGUCCAAUAGGGCCGCAUCAUUGGGGAGAGAUCCAUCCCGAAUGGAGUAGUUGUAACCAAGGAGACAUGCAAUCGCCGAUCGAUCUUUUACAUAAAAGGGUUCAAACGACAUCAAAACUCGGAAGACUUGAUAGAGAUUAUAAACCCACAAAUGCAACUCUUAUCAACAGGGGCCAUGAUAUGAUGUUGAGUUGGAUUGGAGGAGCGGGACAUAUUCAUAUAAAUGGGACCGAGUAUCAACUUAACCAACUCCAUUGGCACAUACCCACCGAACACACCAUCAACGGCCGAAGGUUCAAUCUCGAGCUACACUUGGUUCAUCAAAGUACAGACGGAAAAAUCGCAGUAAUUGGAAUCCUAUACAAAAUCGGUCGUCCUGAUUCUCUUUUGUCAAAGAUGGAACCAUAUAUGAGAGCAUUGGCUCCUUCAAAAGAAGUUGAAAAAACCGUGGGAAUAAUAGAUCCACGAGAUAUAAAAAUUGGAAGCAGAAAAUAUUAUCGAUAUAUUGGUUCGCUUACCACUCCCCCGUGCACCCAAGAUGUUAUCUGGACCAUCGUUAGAAAGGUGAGAACGGUGUCGCGUGAACAAUUGCAAGUAAUCCGCGAGGCAGUCCAUGAUGAGGCAGAUGCUAAUGCAAGACCGGUUCAAGCCUUAAAUGAUCGUUGGUUGAAGCUUUACAGACCAGGGACAGAUGAUGAAAGAAACUAAUUAAGGGCCUCGAUCGAAGGGAUUGGUUUAUAACUCAAGAUAUUCAUUCCAUUUAUUGUAUUUUUCUCAUCUAGCUAGAAGAUUAUUGUACUCUCGUUAGCUAUAUAUAUUUAUGAUUUAUUUAUUUUAUACUCGUACAUGUAUAAUAGAAGGUGAAAUCAUCCGCACUGCCGAUUUAUGAAGAAAAA